UUUCCCCCGAUGGUACAAUACAAUGUGCGCUGCAACACAGAUUGGGGGAUCUCUUCCUCGCGUCCUCAUCCACUGCGUGCCAUUGGCACAUUGCCCUCUCUGUUGACGUGUGGAACGACGGGAUCAUCUGUAUCAGGCAGUGCAAAUCCGCCUCCCGGGCGGAUCGCACCGGGUGGUUCUUGCGCAGAUGCUGUACCGCGCGGCGCGUUUUCGAUGCGUUGCCGUCAGGAUGGCAGAUCGGAGGGUCAGGACAUGACUGGGGCGAACUAUCCUUCCGGGGGUGCGCUCAGCCUCUCAGUACAUCUCCGCCGGAGAAAAGGCUGCCUAUUCCACUGACGAGGUUCGCGCGGGAGGAACGAAGGUGUCUGGAGCGGCGCGCAGCAAUCAACGUCCAGCACGUCCGUUUCGAAGAGUCACGCUGCAUCGACCGAUUGGCAGUCGUCGUGCACACGAAUUGGGUUUUUAGCCAUGCAUGUCAGUCGAUGAUCAUACGUUAUCCGCCCCGAUUCUCAUCGUUGCGUCAAUGGACGGCUUGGAUCUACAUCUUGCCACGUGGCAAGAGGAUACUUGCGAGAAUUCGAGCUUG